CCUGCCGCUCUCGCCGGCCGCCCACCUGCUGCUCGCUUGCCGACCUGCCUGACGCUCGCUUCAACCGCGGCCGCCUGACUGCUACUCCCGCUCGCCGGCUCGCACCAACUGCUUGGCUCGCGCUGGUGCCGGCGCGCUCGAAUUUGGAGGGCGCGGGUCGGGCUAGGACAGUCGCAAUCGGCCGGAAACGGAGGGACGGCGGCCGCGGCGCCCUAUACAACAGCCAUGUCGCCGCCGCCGCCGUCGUCCUCCGCACGGCUCUCCCCUCCCGGCCAUAAAUCUCUCCCCAUGGCGUCCUACACCCCCAACCCCAGCUACCCCGCCCCCUCAGCCCCGCCGCUCGCCAUGGCGGACCUCGCGCCCGUCGAGAUCCCCUCCUCCCCAAACACGCCCAACUCCCCCACCGCUCCGCCACCCUCCGAGGACAUCCUCCUCCGCAUCCCAUCCACGCAACUCCACCUCAUCGACCGGCACCGCAGCCACCCGCUCGCCACCGGCGACCUGACCCUCCUCCGCAUCCACGCGGGCGCCACCUCCCUCGCCGCCAUCGCGGUCCUCGGCCCCGUCCAGUUCCCCCUGACCCGCGACGUGGCCGCCGUCAAGCUCGACCCCUGCCACUACUCCUUCUCCCUCACGGUCCCCGCCUCCGCCGACGACCCGGCCCCCGGCCCGCUCCACUACGGCCUCACGCUCGCGCGCCCCGACCCGCGCCUCGACGGCGUGCUCGCGGCCUGCACCAGCUUCUCCGCCCACUCCGUCGCCGGCAGCGAGGGGCUCGCCGGCGGCGGCGAGGCCGAGGCCGAGGCGGCCGCGUACUGGACCGCCGUCGCGCCGAAUGUGGAGGAGUACGGCGGCGCGGUCGCCAGGGCCAUCGCCUCGGGCGCCCAGGGCCUCGCCAAGGGGAUCGUCUGGUGUGGGGUCAUGACGGUGGAGCGGCUACACUGGGGCAACGAGGUGCUCAGGAAGAGGAUCCAGCCUGGGGAAACUGACGCCGAGGUCACCCCCGAGAUGCUGAGGCGGAUCAAAAGGGCUAAGAAGGUCACGAAAAUGUCUGAGAAAGUGGCAACUGGAAUACUGUCCGGAGUAGUGAAGGUUACUGGCUAUUUUACAAGCUCAAUAUCUAACUCAAAAGCUGGAAAGAAGUUUUUCAGCCUACUGCCUGGAGAGAUUGUUCUUGCUUCGCUUGAUGGAUUUGGCAAGAUUUGUGAUGCCGUAGAAGUGGCUGGGAAGGAUGUGUUGUCAACAUCGUCAACUGUCACAACUGGUUUCGUGUCUCACAAGUACGGGGAGAAAGCAGCCGCUGCGACGAACGAAGGGAUGGACGCGGCAGGCCACGCCAUCGGGACAGCAUGGGCUGUGUUCAAGAUCGGGCAGGCCAUCAACCCGAAGAGCCUCCUGAAGCCCACGUCACUCGCCAAGUCCACCAUCAAGGCCCUCUUGUCGAAGAUGUAGAAGAAAAUAGAUUUGUGGUCGCCGCUCACAAUUCGCAUACCCGAGGCUAGGGGUAGGGACCUUCUUAAUUUCUUAUACUGUGUUUUCAGAUAAGAUUCCUGGUUGUUUAAACUAGUUUCUGGGAUAGAGUCCAUAUGAAACUACCAACCACCCAGGAACACGCACUUGUGAGCAAUGCGUCAUGAUCAUGUAAUAAUUCCAGUCAUCGUGUAAGUCAAAAUUAGGGCUCUAAUCUAACCAUGACAUAGUUCCUUCUAA